AUGGGUGUCGAACUCAAAGGAAAUGGCUCAGGGGAGCCGCCUAUGAAUCCCACGAUCGCGGUCCCUCUCUUCGUUGUCAGCGGACUCAUAGCAAUUCGAUUUGUGUGGAAAACCGUCAUUCGCAUCCGACAUUGUCGACGAGCAAAGGCGGCACGGCAAGGAACCGACCAGACGCAGCUGUGCCGGACAAAUCGCUUCAAUGCGGCUCUGAAAAAGCAUUUGCUGUAUGCUCCGAUAUGGGGCAAUCGCCAUAGCCGAGAGUUCCGCGUCUUGAGGCUUCAUAUGGGAUCUCUACCGCUACGACUGGAAGUGAUUUGCCUCUUAAUCUAUCUCAGCUUGAACCUAGUUUUCAUAGUUGUGAAAGUCGAUUGGUGGCUCACUGAUUACUCCGAGAAGAUGUUCCAGCUCAAAUACGCCGCGGGCCAUCUGGCAGUUAUGAAUACGCCAGGCUUGGUCCUAGGUGCAGGGCGAAAUAACCCGUUAAUCCAGCUAUUGGGUAUCUCAUUCGAUACGUUCAAUUUCAUGCAUCGUUGGGUGGGCCGUGUGAUCACAGCCAACGCGGUCAUUCACAUGAGCGCCGUGCUGGCCGAUAAGGCUUAUGUGUAUGGCACGGACUAUAUUCUAUAUGUUAUGUGGCAACAGAAGCUUUUUAUCUGCGGCCUUCUGCGCGUGCUUCUUGGCACCUUGAUCCUGUGGGGUCUCGAUCGUGCAGGUCGUCUUGGAAUACUCCUCUGGAGAAAUCUCAGCUCAAGACCUACAACUGCUACAGUCGAGGUUCUACCUGGGUCUGUUGCUCGCGUUGAUGUGGCCGUGGCUCGGGGAUGGCGCUUCCGUCCCGGCCAGUAUAUGUACCUCUACAUGCCGUGUCUGGGCUUAUGGACAUCACAUCCCUUUACGGUUGCGUGGUCAUCGACAUCAGAUUCGUUGAGCAUGAACGAAAAGCGCUCCUCGGGGGACUCUUUGAGCGCGCUAUCCGGAAGCUCUCCGACCACAACCAUGUCCGUCCUGAUCAAGGGCCAAGAUGGAUUCACGAAAAAGUUGCUUCGGAAGGCUGAAGACUCCACUGAGGGACGAAUUCAGGCCAUGGCAUUGGCAGAGGGGCCAUUUGGUGGCAUCCAUUCUCUCGCCUCAUAUGGUACUCUACUAUUGAUAGCUGGGGGAGUUGGUAUCACUCACCCAAUGUCAUAUUUAAAUGAGGUCAUCACCACGUUUGUCGAGCAAAAGACCGCCACUCGCAAGGUGCACCUGGUCUGGAUCGUUCGCAGUCUAGGUAUGAUCGCCCCCACCUGUUACAUGCGAUUGAUCACUAACAUCCUGAAAGAUCAUCUGAGUUGGGUUCAAACAUUCAUGACCGAAAUGCUAGGCCACGAAUCUCUCGCAAGUCCAACAACCCCGAACGGGCACUCAUACUUCCAAUUUCCACAGCUCCUUCUCUCCAUCAGCCUCCACAUCACAUCGCACAAGGACACGGUCGAGGAAUACAUCCCACAACCAGAUUCGCUGUGGGUUCAAUGUGCUCCGCCUGGCGUACCGGUCAGCAUCCACCACGGCAAGCCGUGUAUCCAAUCUGUGCUAGAGAAAGAAAAAGAAGAGCAGAUUGGUGCGAUGGCGGUUAGCGUCUGCGGCCCUGGUGGCCUGGGCGAUAGUGUGCGGGAGGCUGUCAGAAGUGUGCAAGGGGAGAAGACUGUUGAUCUGUUUGAGGAGACCUUCUCCUGGUAG